AUGAGGCCCUCAAAAGAUGAGAGCGAGUCCUGGUACUCCGGGAUCGAUGCUAGGAUGGACGUCGUGAGCUUACUAGUUGCACAAAGUUCAACAUAUCCAUUCCAGCUAUUUACUGAGGAAACACGAGACGAGCCUUAUGGAAGCCCAUGGAAGGAAUGGAAACGGAAAGCUAUAUUUACUAUUGGGAAUCACAAAAUCACGACCAUUUACGAUAGCGAGUUAAGGUUGAGAGUCCACGAGAUACUAUCAAGCAUUACAUGGAAGACAAUAGAUGUGGUCCGACUCGGCUACGAAGACGAACCUAAGCUUUUCCCGGUGCCUAAGAUAGGCGCGAGCAUCGGGCGCGCUAAUUCGGGUUCCGUGGGAUCAAUAUUCGUAUUCCUAAAGAUUGAUGGCUCUAAUUACGCCCUAACUUGUGAACAUGUUGUUACCACCUCAUCGGAGGCAUCAACACCUCGAAAUGACCCGGAUACAAUCCUUCAACCUGCGAAGAAGGACCUACGUGACUAUGAAACCGACCGAGAUUAUGGCAUAGAGGAAGAGAAAUGGGUUCUUGAAGAACUCGACGCUAAGAAGCUGAAGUCUAACCAGGAAGGAGCGUCGCCCGUGCUAGAGGGAAUGAGCGAGGAAGCUAAAUUGUCUCUAAAUAAACUCAAUCGUUGCAUUGCGGACAAGUUGAAAAUGCAGAACGUUCGUCUUCCAUUUGGGAUCCUGGCUCAUGCUCCAGGAAUAUCAACGCACCCUCUCACGAACCACAAAAGAGACUGGGCUUUAGUGAAACUCAACGAUGAAAUGUUUCAAACACUACCACCUAAUGUCCUUCCCCCACCGCAUUUUACACUUGUUGAGAGAAGCCUAAAUUAUUUUUCGUACCAAGGUGAUUCAGGCGCAUGUGUCAUUGAUAUCGAGGGCAGAAUUGUCAGUAUGCUUCAUAGCGGCAAUGGGGAGAAUAUACCAUUUGGAGCUGAGAUUACUUACUUGACGCCAAUGGAAUGGAUUAUACAGGACAUAAAGGACACUCUUAAGACAGAAGAUGUUGUCAUAGAGAAGCACAUUGAAGAGCAAGAUUAG